AUGGACCCCUGCGAGAUCGACUGGGAGGUACCAGAGCUGAGCUUCCGGAACGCCACGCGAGGGUUCCUCUACCAAGCGGAGGCUUCAAAUCUGCCAAUCCCUUUGGAGCUUCCCCUUCAAGUUCUUGCGGCGUUUGCAGGUUUAAAUAUGCACCUGGUGGUCCUGGCCGAAGAAUUGGCUGUAGCCUGCCCAACUGCCCACAGCCUUGAGCGCUUUGACUUCAUUUGCCAGCAAGUUCGAGGUUCUAUCCGCGAUCUCGUCACGAAGUUCCCCUUGCGUUUGCCUCGUGCAGAAGGGCUUCUUCAAGAAGCAGUGGAGAACUGCAUGAAUAUUGGCCUUGAGAUUCUGCAUCACUUGCUUGGGGGCCUAUGUAUGCAGCUUCCAUCUCCAAACCAAUGUCGUGAAUCAUUGUGGUGCUACAAGCUCUACCAGCGCUUGACCAAAGCAACAGCAGAAGUGGCUGUCUCUUCUCACUUGGUACAAGACCAAUUGGAAGCAUCUGUCCUGUGGCAAUUCGAUGCUCCCAAAGCACCAGCGACGCUUCAUCACCAUAGCCCUCCACUGCCGCAGUUUCCAUCCAAUGCAGAAGGUGAAGUCCGGACCCAGGAUGAUUUGAGGAUAAAGACCCUUAGUGCGUUGCUGCGAGCGAUGGGGCCCCAAGAUCUCCACAUGGUUGAGGUGGGAACGCACCUGGGCCAUGUGGCUGACGGCUUGCUCUCACGCUUUCCACGGUUGCAUUACGUGGGCAUUGAUCCAUAUCCUGGAGAGUAUGAUGGAAGGCCCAUCCUCUUGGGCUCCAGUGACCUUGGAGACAGCGCCAACUUCAAUCGGACCCGCACGAGGCUCUCGCGCUUUGGCUCCAGGGCGCAGCUUUGCCGUUGCACCUCCGGCACCGUGGCGUCGAGUCUUGAACCUUCAGCCUUGACGGAGUUAGAUCUGGUUUUCAUUGAUGGUGCGCACGACUUCGAGUCAGUGGACAUGGACUUGAAGAAGUGGAUUCCUCAAGUGAAACCUGGAGCCGUUGUGGCUGGGCACGAUUACCGCAUUUGCCAAAGGACCGAGCUCUACAAUUGGCUCCAGAUGGAGUUUGGUGGUGGUCGAGAGGAGGUGAGCGAUGUGAUGUGUGUGAGUGAUCGUGUUCUGGACGACGGCGAUGAGACGCCGCGCGCGUCCGCAGCGGCUGCGGCGCGCCCAGAGGCGUCAGACGUGACUGCAGUCACCAAGUGCAAGUUGAGAGUGGAUCUUCUGCCUGCGAUCAGACUUCUACGACCGCGCUUGCUGUCCUCCACGCUGAUGCAGCUGCCUGAGAUCAUCAAGACCAUCCCCCGACAUCGCCCGGAGGACGAAGCACACGAGCUUCCUCCAGACUAUUCGCAGCUUGAGGCCUGGAGCGGGCAUCCCUGGCGCUUGCCUGGAAGAGCAGUGGAGGAUGUGAAUCAUCUCAAGUUCUCGGAUGAGCCCGUCAUGCUCCCAGAGAUGAGACCUUGUGAUUGUUUCUUCGUACACGACACCACCUUCGUCCCGGCGGUCUGCCAGCCCUUCCAAACUCAACGUUGGAACGCCCCGCUCCGGGAGCCCUGGGACUUGGUCGCCAAGAUCAACGAGCAGACCGACCUCCGCGUGGCCGCGGGCGCCGCGCCCUUCAACCGCCUGUGUCGGGUCUAUGCACCGCGCUACCGACAGGUGAACGUGAUGGCGGUGGCGGUGCUGAUGCCGCCGUCGCCCUUCGCUCGGUGGAAGCCACUCCGAAAGGCCAUGGAGGUGGCCUACGAGGACAUUCGCCGUGCCUUUCUCCACUUCGUCGAGCACAAAGACACCCAGGGCCGGCCGUUCUUCAUCGCAGGUCACAGCCAAGGCACCAUGCACUUGACGCGACUUCUGCAGGAAGAGAUUGAUCCCUAUCCCUGGCGAGUUAGCCGCUUUGUCCACGGCUACCUCGCAGGGCAGACAGUGCCGCUGAGCAUCUUUCGACCCCUGCAGCAGCUGCGCCCCAGCGAGCGAGCCAACGACCUCCGCAGCAUCUCCAGCUGGAGGACCGGGACACUGCUGAGGUUGUGGUCGUUUGCGGCUUGA